GAACAGGGCGCGCCCUUUGAAGAAAGAAACUGUCGCGGGAGAGUCAUGGUGGGACCGGGCCCUGCUGCCAGCGCAGCCGCGGAAGAAAGAUGGAGAAAACUCCAAGAGUACCUGGCAGCCAAGGGAAAGCUGAAGGAUCCUAACACCAAGCCUUAUCUAAAAGCCAAGAAUAUCUGCCCCAAACCACCAUCUUCUAAAUAUACUCCUGGACCCAAAAAAGAUGUUUCCAGCCAUGCUGUUUUACCUGUCAGAACUACAAGACCCAUCAACAUUAAACUCCAGACUAAACCAGCCAGUAUCACAGGGUCCCAGAAGCCAGAGUUGGAGCCACGAAAACUUGCAGACAGAGGGCUCACUUCAAGAUGUUUUUCUUCUAACUCAGACUACAAACAGUCCAGCAAGAGUCAGCCGCAGCACAGGGCUACGUCAACCACUACAGGACUGCCAAGCAAACCCAGGCGGUCCCCAGGGAACCAGGAUUUGGAACCCAAAAAGCAGCAGCCAGCACAUCAAGGAACUGGUGAUUGCACCAAUCCUGCAGCUAGGACCAACAUCAAAAACCAGUCUUUGAAGGGCUUUCGAGAUGAGAUGAACAAAGAGAACUUGCUAGAACCUGGGAAGCCAGGUCCCGACUUAUGCCCCAGAAGUAAGCCAAACACUGGCUCCUAUAAUCAAUCCCGGAAAAGCCUGGCUCCUAAACAGAUCUUGAGUAAAAGUUCGGUUAACCAUACCAUUCUGAAAGACAGAGCUAACAAAGAGGUUGUUAGAAACACACAAGUCAGAGCUCACCCAGUGAAGUCGCAGCACCUCUCCACAGAUGCAGAUUCCGCACGACCUAGAGAAAAAGCCCCACGGACAGUUCCCCCUCCCUUCAUUCCAGCCCAUAAUAAGACUCAGACAUCAAAGAAACCCGUGGUCAAGGACACACAGGACGCAAAGGUUAGGAUUAAAUGUGGAAGACCAAAUGAAACUACGGUACAGCCACACCCUGCUACUGAACGGAAAGUAAAGCAUACUAAACCUGGUUCCCACACCAGCUUGCUUCAGGGAGGACAGAACAACAGACAGCCUCCCAUCAAGCAGGAUCAAAAAACUGUGCAGCCUUGUCUUGGACCCCGGACAUCAUGCAUUCUGCAGAAGUCAAGAGCCAUAAGCCAGAGGCCUAAUUUGACAGCUGGCAACUUUAAGUCAGUCACUCUAAGCACCCCUAGCAUAGGAGCAAAUAAAACCCAUAACCACAAAUGCAAUAGCAUCUUGCAACAAAAAGCACAGACUCUGGACUUCAAGCUCAAAAAAGUUCUUCCCCAGAGCCAGUUUCUGAGCAAGACUGCUCCCAAAACUCAAGCUGGUAUGUUAGCCGCAAGUAGGAGAGGAGCCCCGAGCGCCAGCCACAUUCAUCCGCAUGUCAAAGAGACGCAAGGGGAGGACCGGAGGAAACAGCUGGAAGAAUGGCAGAAAUCUAAAGGGAAAACCUAUAAACGCCCUCCCAUGAAGUUCAAAGCCAAGAGAAAAGUCAUAGAGGAAAUGAACAUCUCAUUCUGGAAGAGCAUGGAGAGGGAGGCAGAGGAGGAGGAAGAAAAGAAAGCCCAGCUGGAGCUGACCAGUAAGAUUAACAAUACUCUGACAGAAUGUCUGAGGCUCAUUGAAGAGGGUGUAUUUCCUAAUGAAAUAUUUACCAUCUUGUCCGGCAUUCCUGAGGCUGAAAAAUUUCCCAAGUUCUGGGUCUGCAAAGCGAAGUUACUGGCAAGUAAAGGCCCCUUUGAUGCUACUGGGCUGUAUGAAGAGGCCAUCAAACAUGGGGCAGCACCAACGCAAGAACUGAGGGAGGUUCUGAGCCGCCUGGAAGACUCAAGCAGAAGCACAGAGGCAGUCACCUCUGACUCGUUAGCUGCUGGAACUAAUGUCACAUCUGUGGACGAGCCAGCCAAGAAGGAGGAGUGUGGGCAGCCGUGUCUUUCUCUAACAGAGGGAGAACAGGUCACAUCAGCACCGCCAAUAACCGCUGCAGAAUGGGAUAACCCUGGCAUCAAACUACAGAUCGCCGCAGUCCCGAAGAUAUGUGGUAUGCCAGAAAUGCAAGACAUGAAGCUUAUCACUCCCGUGAGGCGCUCAGCAAGGAUCGAGCGAGCAGUGGCCCGCUACCCAGAAAUGCUGCAGGAUCAUGACGUCGUCGUGGCUUCUCUUAAUGAGCUCCUGGAAGUGGACAAAACAGAGUACUUUGUCUUCCGGGAAAAUGAGGCUUUACCUGUGACACUAGGUUUCGAAAUCCUUGAAUCAUGAUCUUUUGAUUUUUUUUUUUUUAUUUAAUGAGUUUUUUUCCAUGGCUUGUAUGAGAUAAGAGAUGCUCUUGUCAAGAAGGCCUGAGGUAAGAGAUGCUCUUGUGAAGAAGGCCUGAGGUAAAUGUGCACGGAGACGCCAGGAUGCAGAGCAGAGACUUUGUGUCUGAGGAAACAACGCGUGGGUUUACUCUCACACUGCACAUCCCAUGGAAAACCUGUGGCUCGUGUGUUUGUUAUAUACUUUGUGAUAGUUUUUCGGCAUACAUAAGUUUUGGAGUAUCAAAUAUUUUAUCUCAAAUGUAGAAGAGAAAAACCAUACUUUGUUGAUCUACUGUAAUUCUAUUUUUGAACCCAAAGGUUGAUGCUGUGGGGUGACUGACUAGGAAGGCAGAUGCCUCGGGUGGGAAGAUCUGAGUUUGAAACCAGCUCACCAGGCGGGGUGGUCGAACCUCACACAUCAGGAAGGUUAGGUUAGCCAUGUCUUCACUCGGUUUCCAGGUGACAUUCAUGGAGUCCUUUGACCUCUGUCACAGUGACCCUAUAGGUGAGGGUGACUCAUGUCCUCGCUGAGUGGGUCUCCUCUAGUGAAGCACAACCCAGAGUUUCGUGGCUAGCCGGGUUUUUCUUGGGCACAGUCCUCAUUUUGCCCUUGUUAUUUAGAAAUGCUUCAAGUGAAAAGAGAAGUUGUGGAGACACUUGCUGCAUCCAUUGUUUUCAGGAGACUCAGCCUAAAGAGACUGUGAAUCCCAGAGACUAUGGCAGGGGUUUUUCUUCUCCUUGGGUCACUGCUCUUAGAGAAGAAAACCAGAGUUGUUUUGUAAAUAUAAUGUAUAGAAAGCCUACUUGGUAUGUUUUAAAUUUCAGCCUUGUUACUCUUAUUACUAAGUAAUAUCUAAAAAAA